ACCAAACAAUCCUCUUCUCUUCCAAUUUUCUUCCACCGCUCCCAUUUCCGGCGUGACCUAACCACCACCGUCUUCAAUCUCCGAAGCUCCGCCGUGUCCACCGCAACUUUUAUAUUCCAUUCUCUAUCCUCAUGAACUCCGCGCCAAUUUCAGCAAAGGACAGACCUCCACGUGCACGGCAAACCCCUGACCACCUAUCCAUCCCGAGAGAAGAGGCGUGAAGCGGCGACGUCAGAACCCCAGGCCGCCGCCUCUAUCUCCGGCGAGGCUUCCUGGAGCUGCGGCUAGUUGAUCCCACCUUAACCCGAGCUCCCUUGGUGCUGUUCUGACCCUGGAUGAUAUGGUGAGAUAUUACAGAAUUGCAUGUAGGAUGUUUGCCCCUGCUCACGAUCUGCUCUUGUUGAGGUUGUGACCAACAGGUAUCAGAGGUUUAAUUAAGGUUGUUACAGCAAGCAAGUAAGAACUACCCAACUACACUCACUUUUGCUUUCUAUGCUUAAAAAUCAAAGCAUGUUCUCUCUGACAAGAAAUUGCUUCAAGUAUCGUACUACCUACUUCAGGAGGAAUAUCCCAAGUGAAACCAUACGCUCCACACUCUCAUUUUGCCACAAAUUUCAUGACCCCAAUGAGAAAUAUUUACUCAGGAUUGUUUUUUCUCAUCACACCCACAAAUUUGAGCGCUCUUCAUUCCAAAUCAACAGUAGUUGCACUCAAUUCCCUGUCCCAUUUGCUCCCUUUAGUUCUCCCUAUUCAACAAAAGCUCCUUCAAGAUCUUACCGAAGACGAGCCAGAAAUAGGUUGUUGAAGUCCUCCAAGCCUACCCUAGACCAAGCCCAAUUUCAGUUGGCACUGUCCCAACUUCCCCCAAGGUUCACUACUGAAGAACUGUGCUCUGUGAUUGCUCAACAAGAUAAUCCCCUGGUUUGCUUAGAACUUUUUCACUGGGCAUCUCAACAGCCACGAUUUCGGCACGAUGUGUCCACGUUUCAUAUCACCAUAAAGAAGCUUGGUACGGCAAAGAUGUUCCAAGAAAUGGAUGACAUUGUGAACCAACUGAUUGCAGUUCCUUUAAUUGGUUCAGAGGCAUUGUUCAACACAGUUAUAUAUUAUUUCACUCAGGCACGGAAGCUUACUAGAGCUGUCAAUGUGUUUAAGCACAUGAAAAGUAAAAGGAACUUAAUUUGCUGUUAUAGGCCCUCUAUUAGAACCUAUAAUAUUCUUUUUGCUGCAUUUUUGGGUAGAGGAAGCAACUCCUAUAUAAACCAUGUGUAUAUGGAAACAAUUAGAUGUCUGUUUAGGCAAAUGGUCAAUGAUGGGGUCAAGCCUGAUAUUUUUUCAUUGAAUUCUAUGAUCAAAGGUUAUGUGCUAUCUCUUCAUGUUAAUGAUGCAUUGAGGAUAUUUCAUCAAAUGGGUGUGGUUUAUGAUUGUCAGCCCAAUGCGUUGACAUAUGAUUACUUGAUUCAUGGCUUGUGUGCCCAGGGCAGAACAAAUAAUGCCAAAGAGUUAUUUAAUGAAAUGAAGACCAAAGGUUUUGUUCCUGGUGGUAAAUCUUAUAACUCGCUUGUCAACUCGUUGGCGCUUGGUGGAGAGAUUGGUGAAGCAGUAAAUUAUCUGUGGGAGAUGACCAAUAAGCAAAGGUCACCUGAUUUUAUUACAUUUAGGACUGUACUGGAUGAGAUAUGCAGACAAAGAACAAUUCAGGAGGGCAUGCGUUUUUUGCAGGAGUUGCAAGAAAAUGACCUUGUAGAUGGGCAUGCUUACAGGAAGCUUCUUUAUGUGCUUGAAGAUGACUAUGGGAAUUCAGUAGGUAGAAACAAUGGAAUUGAGUGAGCAGAGUUUUUUUCAGUCACUGUAAAUUCCCAUUCUUUUAUCAUUGUAGUUGGCUGUUUAUUUAGUUUUAAAGCCAUGAGAUAUUACAUGUAUUGUAUAGUAGGGCACAUCCAAAUGAUGGUGCAAGGGCUUUGUGAGACUACCAAUUUUUUAUCAUGUGGACUCUUUAUCUGAUAUCAAAAUUUGCUUUGCAGAAGGAAUGUGAAUGAUAGGACUUUUUGAUGAGGUUCGGAUGCCAUUAACAGAAAAUGACCGUAAUCCAAUACUAAUUGACAUAAAGACUCAUUCUCAAGAUACUCUUCCUGCUGAACCGGAAGGAAGAAAUGGAA